CUCCCACGGCUUUCUUCGGUGGCCUUGGUCCCUCCCGGCUGCUGUCCUCAGGCCUCAUUGGCCUCUUAUCUCCCCAGUAACCAGACCACAACAGUGAGCUUGCAGCACCCAGGACAGGUCAGGCACUCCAGCAGGAGCCCCACCCUUUUUGGCCAAGAUGCCUUUGGGACUCUCUGCUGGGAGCACUCGCUCCGAGGAUGGAAGCGAGGCCUUCCUGGAGGGAAUGGUGGAUUGGGAGCUGAGCAGACUGCAGCGCCAAUGCAAAGUGAUGGAGGGUGAAAGGCGAGCCUACAGCAAGGAAGUCCACCAGCGCAUCAACAAACAGCUUGAGGAGAUCCAGCGCCUGGAGGGGUUGCGGGACAAACUACAGGUGCAGAUCAGCAUUGCCCAGAGCCAGGUCAAGCGGCUGCGGGACAGCGAGAGGCUGGAGAACAUGGGGUACCUGCUCAAGUGCCGGGUCCGGGUGCAGGCUGAGGUCAAGGAGCUGCAGGAGCAGACCAGAGCCCUGGACAGGCAGAUCCAGGAGUGGGAGAGCCGGAUCUUUGCCCAUGGUAAGGACAUCAAGGCCCUGGGAUGCAUCCAGGAUCAGAAGGUCAAGAGCCGGCGGAGGAUCAAGAUCCUUGAAGAUCAGUUGAGCAGGGUCACCUGCCGCUUUGACAUCCAAUUGGUGCGGAAUGCGACCUUGCGGGAGGAGCUGGAUCUCCUGCGGAUCGAGAGGAACCGCUAUCUGAAUGUGGACCACAAACUGAAGAAGGAGAUCCAGCUCCUUCGGGACACCGUCAGGACCCUCAUGGUCUCCUCCACUUCUGCCUACACCGUCAGGGAGGAGGCGAAGACCAAGUUAAGCAUGCUGCGGGAGCGAGCAGAGAAGGAGGUGGCCCAGAACGAGACGGAGGUGCACAUCUUGCAGCGGCAGAUCGCGCACUUGGAGCAGCUGCACCGCUUCCUCAAGCUCAAGAACGGCGAUCGGCAGCCGGAUCCCGCCAUCGUGGAGAAGCGCGAGCAACGGGCCCGGGAGGUGGCCGAAGGCCUCCGGAAGACCUCCCAGGAGAAGCUGGUGCUGCGCUACGAGGACGCCAUGAAUAAACUGUCCCAGCUGACCGGGGAGAGCGACCCGGACUUGCUGGUGGACAAGUACCUGGAGUUGGAGGAGCGGAACUUCGCGGAGUUCAACUUCAUCAAUGAGCAGAACUCGGAGCUGGAGCAUCUGCAGGAGGAGAUCAAAGAGAUGCAGGAGGCCUUGGAGAGCGGGCGCCGCAGCGAGGAGGACCGGCGCUCGCGGCAGGAGCAGCAGCGAGCAGAGUUGCAGCAGCGCCUGGACGAGGUGCACACGGAGGCCGAGAACCUGGAGGCCCGCUACCAGAACUUUCACGGGCAGCUGGAGAAGCUCAAGACUGAUAUCCAGCACCUCUUCACCCAGGCCCAGUGUGACAGCACCAUCAUAAAUGACCUCCUAGGGGUCAAGAUCCACAUGAGAGACCGGGACAUAGGCCUCUUCCUGGGCCUCAUCGAGAAGCGGCUGGUGGAGGUCCUGACGGUGCAGGCCUUCCUUGAAACCCAGAACUCUCUCUCCACCAGCUUGCCUAACGCUGCCCUCCUGGUGCUGGGCCAGAGCCCCGAGGAACUUCCCAAGAAGGUGGCCCCACCUCAGCCCCCUGACAACCUGGAGGACCCCCCAGGCUUUGAGGCCAAAGACGACUAUCCUCUGAGCAAGGAAGAGCUGCUGAGCUACGUGGUGAAGUCGCUGGAGGCCCAGGAGCAGAUGAAGGAGCAGAACCAGAAGGAGCCGGCCGAGGUCAUCAAGAAGGCGGACAGCACCCCGAGCGUGACCUCCAGCACCCAGAAGGCCAGCUCCGGCAUGCCCGUGCCGCCCAAGAGCCCCAGCGCUGUCCCUGCCUCCACCAUGAGCCACAGGACCAGCGGCAUCCUGGUGUCCAGUGGAGGCCGCGCCACCAGCUCCAAUGUUGGCCAUGUCACCUUUGGGGACCCCAGCUCCAGCACAGGCCACGUGACCCUCGGCUCCUCCAGCGCCACCACCGGGGGACUGAUGUCCAGCCAGGGCUUGAUGGCGGGGCGUGUGACCUUCAGAUCCCCCAACUCUAGCAGCUACCUGGGGUCCAGCAGAGGCCAUGAGAGCUCUGGGGGCCCGCAGAGCAAAGGCGCUGAGUCAGAAUCGAGCGGGGGCCUCGGGUUCAGUAGAGGCCAAGUCUCAAGUACUGGUCCUGCCUCCAGCACUGGCCCAGGCUCCACCACCAGCAAAGACUCCCAGAGCAACUAACUGCUAGGGGCACCCAGUCCCACCCUGCCCCUGGCUCCUUGCAAGCCUUCUCUGGGCCUCUGCCUCUCAAUUUCCCCUAUGACCCUCCAUCUUCCUCACCCAGUUCCAGGUGAACUGCCUGCACACCUGUCUCCAUCUCCCCUUCACUGUGUCUCUGUCUGUUCCCAUCAGCUCCCCCUCAUCUCUCUCCUGGUCCCCCUCUCUGUUUCCAACCUGCCCUUGCCUUUCGGUUUCCCAAUCUCCUGUUCUCUCAGUUUCCCAUUCAGUGUGCCUCUAUCCUGUCUCCAUGCCUGUGUCCCCAUCUCUUUUCUGACCUCUCUGAUUAUCCCCCCACCUCCUCUUUCAGCUUCCCCAUUUCUAACUCCCUCUCUUCACCUCCAUCUCCCAGGCCCUCCUCGCAUCUCAUGUCUGUCUCUGUGGUCCCUCAUUCCUUGUCCUCCUCAAGAGUCCCCAUUACUGACCAGUGGGGCAAGGAUUGGGGCAAAGAUGUCAGGGUCCGCAUGAGCUGUGACCAUAGGAAAUAAAGGUCAGAGUCUGA